GAAGCAAAAAAAGGAAAAAAAGAAAGGAAAAGGAAAAGGAAAAAGGGCAGAUUCUGCUGGAGUCUCUCUCUCUCUCUCCCGCUCCCAGUAGGCGCUUGCUCAUUGCAACUUGCAAAAGGGUUUCAGAUGUCCCAGCACCGCUGCUUGACCCCCUGCAAAUAAAACUUGACCACCAGAGGCACGUCCCACCUCUCUCCUUCCUAAUCUCUAGCAUUUAGGAUACAGCUUCCAACCUGUUGGCAACCCUACGGAGAGAGAGGGGGAAAGGACUUGUUUUGCAAUCUUUUUUCCUUUUUCUUUUUUCAGAAAAUAUAUAGAUACAGUAUAUAUUUGAGAUACAGAUAUCUAUCUAUUUCUGGAAGAUUCAAGAGAGGGGGGUGCAAGCCCCUGUUUUCUGCUUCUGAGAAGGACUGCGUUUCUGGGCUUCGGUGAGAGGAAGGUGCAGAAGUUGUUCAGGGUGGGGGGGCGCUGACCCCCCUCCCGUUUCGUUUUUGCUUUCUCCCGGAUUUUUUCCCCCUUGUCCACCACCACCUCCUCCGCUGCAAGUGUCGUCGCUCACCCGCCUUGUCAUCUCUCUCUCUCUCUCUCUCUGCAGACUUUCCCUCCUUGCCUCUCUGCGAGAGAUGGUGCACAGGGCGAAAUAGCCUCGCGCGCUCGCAGCAACAGCAGCAGCAAAGCGGCAAACCAACCCCCAGGAGUUUGGUGAUGGGGGGUUGAAAGUCCUGAGGGAAGAGAAAGAAAGAGAAAGAGCGCCAAGAAAACCUGCAAGCCAAACCACCGCCUCAGCUCGCCCAGAAAACUGUAAGGCAACUUUGUGUGUGUGUGUGUGCGUGCGCGCGCGCUUGUGCGUCUUUGGAAAGGACUCGAAGGAUUAAUAAAAGGAGGGCGAAGGAAACCGAACCAAGGAGAGCGAGUGGAAGUGGGGGAACCCAAAGUGGAGCGAAGGCACCGUUUCCUGCGGAGCGCUUGGCCCCCUGAGGCAUGGAAGUCGGCGCCCUCCCUCCAGGCCAGAUCAGCGCGCCGAGGUCUGUGAGCAGGAGGGCUCCCCAUCAGCUGUCCCCUCGCCUCUCCCCGGGGUUCCCCCUUCCAGUAUGUUUCUUUUCAUGAGGCAUCUCCCCGCGCCCAGAGCUUCAGUACAAUGUGCAAAUGGAGACUGAUACAGGGUGCCUCAGCCUUCGCCCACCUGCCUUCCUCCUCCUCCUCUUCUUCCUCCUCCUCCUCCUCCUCCCGCCGCCGCCGCAGCUUCGUCUUCCUGCUGCUGCUCUGGAUGUCGUCGUCCCUGGCUGCCCCCUGCCAUGAGCACGGCCAAGGCAUGCUGCUCCUCAAGGCCACCAACUCCUCUUCGUCGUCGUCGUCGCCAUCCUCCUCCUCUUCCUCCUCCUCGCCCGCCAGCGCGGGGAGACACGUGCGGAGCUACAACCACCUCCGAGGAGACGUGCGCUGGAGGAAGCUCUACUCUUACAACAAGUUCUUCCUCCGGAUUGAGAAGAACGGCAACGUCAGCGGCACCAAGAGGGAGAACUGCCCUUAUAGCAUAUUGGAGAUAACAUCAGUGGAAAUUGGAGUUGUAGCUGUUAAAUCCAUUAGCAGCAACUAUUAUCUAGCCAUGAACAAGAAUGGAAAAGUCUAUGGUUCGAGGGAGUUUAACAAUGACUGCAAACUAAAGGAGAGAAUAGAAGAAAACGGAUACAAUACGUACGCGUCGCUGUUUUGGAGAAACAACGGGAGGCAAAUGUUUGUGGCCUUGAAUGGAAAGGGAGCCACGAGGAAAGGACAGAGAACCAGGAGGAAAAAUACAACCGCUCAUUUUCUCCCCAUGGUCGUCGAGCAACAGAUGAAGGGCCUGUUCUAUUGAUAGCAGUUGAACCAAAGAUCAUUUGUCAGGAAUACUUGGUAAUCCUCUUGAAGAGGAAAGGCAGAAACAGUGCAGACGUCUGCUUGAUUGAAAAGAGGGGGGAAGCCUUUGAAGGUUUUGUGCUCUCUGCUGGCACGUGAAGUACUGCUAAUUAGUUCUGUGUCAUAUCUUAUAAUCAAGACACAAGCUGAAUCAAAUGGGAUGGGAGCUCUUUCCAGUGUGAACAAAAUUAUUAUUAUUAUUAAUAUUAUUUUUUAUCUCCGCGAUAGAACUUAAAGGACAUGAGACAAUGUAUUGAAUGAUGUUGGGGGAAAGUUAUUUAUGGAAUACUAACUCAUAUCAAAGACCUUCAUUGCUCAUUCAAGCCUAAUGAUCCCAUGAACAGUUAGGCACGCAAGCAUUUACUGGAAAUUCGUGGAUCCUCAUAUGCAGCGAUAAAGAAGAUUCUGGAAUGGUUUUGUGAAAGAAAUGAAUAGGAUUAAGAAAUAUAAGCACAUUAGAGUAAAACUGUUCUAACAAAAUAAAUAGUAUGGUUCCCCCGCCUUGUAUGCUUAUGCCAUGCUUUUGUACUUCUCCCUAAGUUAUUUAUUUAAUAGGAUGUUAAAUAUCUUUCUUCUCUCUUUUUUGUUUGUUCGUUUGAAGGAUUUUCUCAGUUGCUUCCUGUUGCGUUGUUGUUCUUUUUCCUUCUCUGUGUUUCAUACAAGAUUGACCAAGUCAGAUGUCAAAAAGCUCACACAAGUGUCCAAGAGCAGAGAAUAGAUAAGGCUAGGGCUGUGGUUUUUGUUUGAUCUUGUUUGUUUGUUUGUUUGUUUGUUUGUUUUUCCUCUUGAAACUGGGUUUCUUUUUUUCUUUUUUUAAUUUUGCACUUAAAAUCAAUAGGAUCAGAUAUGCAUGGGAACUGCAACGUGACCUGUGUGUUUGUUUGUUUGUGUGUGUGUGUGUGUGUGUGUGUGUGUGUGUGUGUGUGGUUUUUGUCAGCAUCACUGAUAGUCUUUCCUUGCCACAGGAACAAAAGUUCUCAUCCUGCAUCAUCUGAAGAGUCUUGCUGCUGUUUUGAAAUGGGCUGAGUUGAACUGGUACCCAGAUGUACAUUUCUCUCCAACUUAUUUCAGUUAAAUGCCUGGUCCCAAAGAUGCUGAAAUUUAAUCAGAGCUCUUCGGCAGGUUUUGUGGAACAGACCGUAAAUGCAUCCAACUGCAUCUUAUAUUGGUGGGAUUAUAUGUUUUCAGACUAAAGCUGAAUUAAGUCUAUGGAGUUGCUAACAUCUGACGGAACAAAUUUGCCUUCUCCUUCUCCCCCUGAAAAAAAGUAAGACAGAAAAGAGCCAAAUCUUUUGACUGCAGUCAAACAAUUUCAGAAGAGACGGGGUGUAUGUGGUGUUGAAAAAUUGCAGCCUCAAUCUGAAUAAUCUUCCCUUUUUAACAAAUGGUAGCUUCAGAUGUUACAUAGGACCUGAAGGAGAAGAUGUAGGAGUGAAUGGCUCUGCUAGUGUAAUGAAAACUUGCCUGUGGUCCUCUGGAGAGAUGCAGGUCCUUCAUAUCUCUAUCUAUGGGAAAGAUACUAACAUUCCAACAAGGAGUGGGCCCAUGCUGCUCCUAUGUAACAUUUGGAAGCUGGCCUACAGCUCUUCAUCAUCAUACUGGCUUUGGAUACAACAUACAUACCACUGGUGUGAACUAGCAAAAGUUAGUGGUAGCCCCUAUUACAAUCAUUUGGAAACAACAGGGAAUAUGUCCUUAACUGAAGAUAUGGGGUUGGGUUGGAUGUUCAUUUGCUAUCUGAUGAGAGCAUUGUGCAUCAACUCUUGUGUUCUCAUUCCCUUGCUUUUGAAAACCUGAGGAACAAUGGCUGAGUGCAAAAUGGCGGAACAUGUAAGUGGGGUGGUCACCUUUUUGUGCAAAAUGGGUAGCAGGGUGCCCUAGAAACUCCUAGAAACAUCAGCAAGACCGAGCAGUUGUCUCGUGCCUCUCUCAUGUCAACACUGUGAUAGUUUGGAGAUUUAGCUGUACCUCUGAGAUAGGAGCGGGCGAGAGCAUUCUUUCAGCUUUAUGCCAUUUUAAUUUUAUCCCUUUCUUUGUUUCACUGAAAAGAACCAAUGACAUAUAAGGCACCCCAAGCCAGCUUUGCUUUGCUCACCAGGCACAUGGCAAUGUGUCGAGAGCCGGUGACAGGCCCUUGUGUCUCUGUCUGACUGGGACCUAACAUGGAAGAACUGCAUAGUCCUUUCUCAAACCAACUCAGACAAAUAGGGAUAUCUGGAACCCCCUCCCUGCGAAGUGCCUCUGAAUCACUGAUAGCUUAUACAAAGAGCAGACCAUGUGAUAAAACUAUUCCUGGACUUUGCCAUUUGAGUCCGUUAGGGAGGGCAUCAACAUCUACUGUAUAUACUCAGUGUAGAGAAAUGAAGGUACCAUGAAGAUACCAGAUUCCUUUCUACCAUUCUUCCUAGUGGUUUUUUGUUUUUUGUUUAAAUGUGUAGGGACUUUUCCAUGGGAGAAUAUUCAAAGAGUAGUCUGAGGCAGUAUAGCCUGGAAACAGUUUGACCAUGUGAUCUGCUGUUUGUGUAGACUAGACGUGAGACUGGAGGUCUUCAAGCUGUUGGGGAUGCUUUAGCUCUGGAUUGGGCAACAUGGCGUACAAGGUCCCCUCCAACUCUAUGAUUCUAACUCUAGAGCCCAGGAUUUCCUGCAUUUAGCAGGGAAUGGGCUGUGUGGCCUACAAGUUCCCUUCCAACUCUAUGAUUCUGAAUAAAGCUGUUUGCCCUCUUGCGGUAGACGUUUCACAACCCCUCACUGGCAAGGUGGAUACAGCCAUUCUUGCCCACUUUAACACUGACUAGAAUAACCACACUAAAGUGAACAGAUCUACUCUGACGUAAGUGACUUGAGGAUUGCAGCCACUAUUAUUCAUAUGUGUAUAUAACUUCUGAGAGCCAGUCUAAAAGCAACAUCUUAAAUGUUCUUCAUUUAUCGCAAUAUAUACAAUGGCUCUGAAAUGCAAUAUUGGGCACAUUUUUAAAAUGAAGUGCUCCUAUUUUCACAGCUUACACUGAGUAAAUGCGAUCUUCAGUUAAACAUAAUUAUCAACUUCGUUCAAUCUGAAAAAAAAACACCUAUAUGAUUUUUUUGUUUUACUUUUUUUUUUCCUUUAACGUUAGAAAGCUGUGGAUAGUUCAUCAAUAUAACCAUAAAGAGAUUCAUUUUGUUAGAGCAAGUUAAGUAGAAUACUGUACAUCAAGCCAACAUGUACCACUCUCUUCACAUUGUAUUCCACUAAAUAAAUGAAUAAAUGCGUAUGUCUUCUUUGCAGUGUCUGUAGCGGGAAACAGAAGUAGUUUUGUUAAUACUUUAAUUUUGUUCAAAAUACUUUAAGGGACUAUGUCGAUGCUGUGACUUUGAUAUUUCUCGUCACGAAAGAAGUCAGUUUGGUUUCUCAUUUUGUUUGGAAAUAGAAUUUUGAUACAGA